UCCUCUGAGCAGGUGGGCUGGGUCGGCUGCCUGGGCUUUCUCGCUUUGGUCUCAGGAAACCUCGGCAGGUCACGGCACGACCCGCGCUGGAGCCGGUGGGAAGGCAUGGGUUGGUCUCAGAAUUUGUUCCGUGUCUUGUGGAGAGCGCUGUCAAAGGAAGUGAAGGAGCAAGUGGGCACAGACCUGUUCGGGAACAAAUACUACUAUAUCCCAGAGUACAAGAACUGGAGAGGCUGCGGACGCGCAGGCCCAGGGGCCAUGGCUCACGGGCCCAGCCCCUCCGCGGCAUGCGGGAUCCUCCCGGACCGGGGCAAGAAGCCGCGUCCCCUGCAUCGGCAGGCAGACUCCCAACCACUGCGCCACCAGGGAAGCCCCCUACUCAUGCUUUUACGACAAACUAUUCGAGAGAAAAGAAUUGUAGAAUCAGCAAAUAAAAGAGAAAUAGACUAUGAAGUAGGGGAUAUCCCAGCAGAAUGGGAAGCUUGGAUCAGAAAAACAAGAAAGACUCCACCUACUAUGGAGUACGUGGGCCUCUCACUGCUGUGGCCUCUCCCACUGCGGAGCACAGGCUCCAGACUCGCAGGCCCAGCGGCCAUGGCUCAUGGGCCCAGCCUCUCUGUGGCAUGUGGGAUCCUCCCGGACUGGGGCACGAAUCCGUGUCCCCUGCAUCGGCAGGCGGACUCACAACCACUGUGCCACCAGGGAAGCCCAACAAAUAUAUUCUUAAAGAAAAAUCAGAAAAUACAGAUAAGCGAAAAGAACAUUUAAAAAUUUCACUCAGGGAAUUCCCCAGCAGUCCAGUGGUUAGGACUCUGCCCUUUCAAUGCCGAGGGCGCCCAUUCAGUCCUUGGUGGGGGAGCUAAGGUCCCGCAAGCUGUGAGGCGCAGCCAAAAAAAAAAAAAAAAUCCACCCAUUUAGAAAUAAUUAAGAUAGAAGAGGAAGAAGGAAUCAAUAAAGGUAAAAGACGUAAUUACUAUUCAUCUGUUUUUAAGAUGCAUAUCUUCAAAUUUUAACAUCUCUGAAAUCAGGAUGUGUGAAGGAGUUUGCCUUUUUUAGUGGUACCUAUAACAGCGAUGCAUCUUAAAUUUGAUGGUCUUGUAUUCAAUGAAAUACAGUAAUAGGUUCAUUGUUGUUCGGGGUAUAGAUCCUUACAAAUAGAAUAGCACAUCUGAGUGACAAAACUGCAUUGCACAAAUUGCUUGCACUGAUUUGAGGAAGCAUUUCCAGUAGCAAAGUGCCUCUCUGGAACUGGUGUCUAAGGCUUGCUGAACUCUGAUUCCAUUUCUGUCCUCCUCUUCACUGCCAUACCACUCCAGAGGCGAAAGGGAAAUAGAUGGGACUUGGUCCUGGCGCUAACCAUGCUUUAAGUCCCACAGAGAAGAGACUGGCAGGAGCAUCCUUCUGAGGCCCUCUCACCUUCACUUCAUCUCCAAUAGAAAGUACAAAUCACUGAUUAGUUUUUGAGGCAGUAAAUAGCUGUUAAAUUUAGAAAAUCUUUGGUAAGAGUGACUUUUAUGCUUUUGUGUAAUAUUUCAUGUUAAGUGGUUUGUUUCACUUACUGGGUAGUAAAUAUUUCUAUUUCAUUAUCCCUCUCAUCUUUUUAUUAUAGUAUACAAGGAGAUAGCUGUUUAAUUCAAAAUAACAUCACUCUAUCAUUAUAUGGCUUUAUAUAAAGCUAUAUAAUCAGAUAGCUUUUUCAGACUUACCCUGUACAUACCUAUAUAUUAUUUAAAUGCAAGGCAAGUAUCAUGUAUAUAUGUACUUAAUUUUUUUUAGCUAUUUUAUUUUUAUAAAACCUGUAGUUUGAGUUUUCUUCUAACUAGGAAUUUAAUGAUUUCUUCCAUUUAUAUAUG